UAUUAGCGGUGAUUUCUUGCCCUGGCCCUACCCGUAGACCCUUGCGGCGCCCGCGGCUUUCAAUAGAGAUCAGCGGAGAAUAUUGUUUUACCUGAGGGUGCAGACAGCUUACCUUGAGAGCCGCGCGCGGAACGGGCGAACAGGGCUAGGUGUAGCUAGCUAGAUCGCAGCCCCGUGUUGGUAGGAGGUCUCGAUAACAGACGAGCAAGCCUCGCGCUUUUCAAGUGUAAAGAUAAUAAUUUCUUUCCGAAUUCUCCCGGGCUGAAUCAAAGUGUGGAAUGUGACUCAAACGUUGAACAAGAGUUGCUAUGUAGAGGUGUUGUUCCCAUGACGAUCUGAAGCCUUUCCCACAACAGAUUCUCGCCCGAGGCCCGCGUGGUUUGGACAAAUUGUGGAUUACUUGGACGACUCGAGGACUCUAACGGUUAAAGGUGACAAAAACCUCUCCAUGAUUCAUGGGAAUUGAUUAUCAGUCAGGGGUCGCCACAUUUUCUAGCAGUUCUCAACUUACUGCGACAUAGUUGACCCCUUUGUGGUGUGGGGGAAAGUUUCUUCCUUUUUUUUCUCUUGCAAGGGUAUUUCCAGUCGUUGUGGAAAGCGCAUUUCUACCCUUCCCCCACCUCGCCGUUGUGUUCUCUGUAUAACAGUAGGCUUGUUCCUCACUCGGCCAAUCAGAACUGACGUGAGCAAGCAGAAGUCUCCGUUUUCCACGUCUGUGAGUUUCUGUCCGAUUCCGCGAACAGACAACUUGAUAAUAUUGACCCAAGUUCUCUUGGCGACAGAGCACACUUUGAUGUAUAGCAGUUUUUAUUUCUGUGUUCCGAGAUUUGUGCAGUGUGACGAUUCUUCUCACCGUCUGUCUGGAUAAAAAGACAGAAUAAAGGAGUGGCGAUAAUGUGAAAUGAUUCAAUAAGAAUACAGAACAAGGGAUUCAAAAGAAUGUGAAAUGAUAAGAGGCUUAAGCUACUGUUUUUUCUUUGUACCAUAAUAAAGCGUCAUCAUUUUGAAUGCGCAGUUUCCUCUUUCCCCCUUUCGUGUACACAAAGGGACUGUUUAGACAUUUUAAAAAUUCGCGAUUCAUAAUGGUGCUUUCUUGGUUCGAUCAUCGAUCCAUUUCUUGAAGUUCGUGUCACGACCUGGUCGGACAAGAUGAUGGAAGAGCCGGACACACCCACUCUCAGAUUACUGUGAUACCUUUGUGAAUUAGAAUAUCUUUGUUUGCCGGUAGGCCUAACCUUAAACUGUUUGGGAACCCUCGAACGCAGUUGACGUCUUCAGAAAACGUUAGGUACCAGAUAUCUUCGUAUAAUUUCGUGUUUUACAACAAUCUUAGAUCGUAUGUUCGUUAGGGUAACUUACAACUCAUGUUACUGACUGUUCGACAGUGAUAGUCUCCGAGCAGUGUUUGGAACUGAAAUAACUUUUUUUGUAGAGGUUCAUGGACAUGCGACACCUACGGAUCUAAUCAAGACACUUGUUGGAUUUCUAAACUUCUGUGGCGCAUUGUAGCACUUGCAGGAAGCUGGAAUAAUUGUGGUGCCUCGUUAGGCUAGCUAGCCAUUUCAGAACAUCUGAUGAUGCUGAAUUGAUGAAUGUGAAAUAGUACUUACUUUUUCCUUACGUUUCCCGCCCUCUGUUACCUUAGGGUGUCGAAGGCAAGAUUCAAAAGUCUUUGUCUUGUGCUGAAGUAAUUUCAUUGAGUUUCAAGCGCGUGUGGCACAUUGCGUUGAGUGCAGGGACAGAAAAAAAAGCCCCAAAACAACCCGAAGUGAGUAAAUCGAAUGAGUUGAGAGCACGUGCGCCAGCGACAUUGCCUGAAGUCAUGAAAACCCGCCAGGUGACCAGUGUGAAAGCCCUGGUGUGUCUGGGCUCACCCUGGGGUCACGUGUCCCCUGUCCUGGUCCUAGUGGUCAUCUCCCUGGCCCUCCAGCCUCACCAAACCUGGGCGGCCCCUGGAAGGUCCUUCCCCUCCAUGCCCUUCCUCCCUUCAUCCCCUUCCUCAUCAUCGCCGUUAUCAUCUAUAGCGGUGUCAGCCUCAACGCACUCCUCCUCCUCCAACCGGUCAGUUCACCACCACCACAAAGGUGACUCACCCCCGCCCCCCGAUGCGCUCUCCAGGCUGUCUAAAGUGUUUGGGAUUUCCAGAAUUCCUCGCCGGACCUUCCACCGGUCGCCGCCCCAGUACAUGCAGGAGCUCUACGCUUCCAUCACCGACACAGGCGGCCUCAGCAAAACCAGUGGGCCUUAUAACUCCAACGUGAUCAGGAGUUUCCCGGAUAAAGGGUAAAAGUGUAUCAAGUGCUGGAUAUCCGAGAUAUGACGUCAUCCCGGAACCUGAGGCUUCUGGAUGCACGCCGGGUCAGUGCACAUGCGCACGGCUGGUAUGUGUUCAACGUCACCAAUGCUGUGCUCUCCUGGCAUUUCGGGAAAGCCAACAACUUCGGAGACUACCAGGAGAUCAAGGCGGACAUCUUGCGGCGGGAGCAGCAGAAACAGCACAGACAGAGCAGCAGCUUCCGGGAGGCCAUACGCAUGCUCAACGAGCGGGAGCGCCGGAAUCGAUCCCGACAUUCCUCCAGAUCGAAGCGAAGCGCCAACAACAAAAACCGUGGGGGCAACGGCAGGAGGAAAAGAACGUUUGACGUGUAUCGAUACCGCCACAAUCGCCGGUCGUGCUCUCGCUACGAGAUGUUCGUGGACUUUGAGGAGAUCGGAUGGUCUGGUUGGAUUAUCUCCCCUAACAGCUACAACGCCUACCACUGCCUGGGCGAGUGUCCCUUCCCGCUGGGCCAGAGCCAGAAACCCACCAACCACGCCACCGUCCAGAGCAUCGUGCAUGCCCUGGGCGUUGGUAAAGAUGUGGGCACCCCUUGCUGUGUCCCCAACAAACUCUAUUCCAUCAGCCUGCUCUAUUUCGACGAUAACGAGAACGUGAUUUUAAAACAGUACGACGAUAUGGUGGUCGCCAGUUGUGGGUGCCAUUGAGAUCUGGUCCCGGAUUUGUCAGAUACCCCUAGCCAACUUACCGAUGAAAAAAAAUGUUCGGUUGUGUUGGUUUUUAUAAAACAUCAAUGGAACACUUCUAACGAAGGCCGCUUUUCUCUGUCUGUCUGAGCGUGGCGUCAGUGGUAGGCACAUCAGAACCGCUGUAGAAAUGAUCGCGGUUUGAAAAUGUUUGCACUGUGCAUUUAGAAGGAGAACGCAAGCGUGGAAAUGCCAAUAAAAUGUCUGUGUCGUUUAUACAGACUGCAACUUAUCUGGCGUCUAUGGUGGAAUGGUUUAACUCUCCACUGUUGCACCCAGAAGUUGUGGGUUCGAUUCCCGAGUGGGUACCUUUUUACAUCGAGUAUCCCCGUGUGACUGCAAGAGAUGAUGCGCCCCCUGCUACCAGCCAAAGUUGGACACAACAGGCAGGGUCAAAACAGCUCUUAUCCUAAAUGAUCUAAAGUGCGUCGAUGGGGGUGUUCAUAAUUUUUUUUUAAAGAAAAAGGUAAGGACUGCUACUCUAAGUCGAUAUGCUUGUGCUGUCUAAAUCGACAGUCGCGUUCAAAGACUGAGAACAUGGAGAGUCAUAUACCUGCCGGACCAGCUACGCUGGAAUAAAAUAUACGCAGGGUGAACUUUUC